AUGCACCAAUGCAAGCCGUCGCGCAAAGACAUGCUCCUCUGUGGCAUCGGCACCCUGCGCGGAAGUUGGCAGUGCUUUUCCUCUUUACCUUGCCGAUACCUACUUGACAUCACCAAACAAUGCGGCACAAUACCCCGCGACCUUGCAGCUCAAUGCCGGCAGCCCCCAGUUUUACAAAACAAGAUGAAAAAACUACCUGGCAGGUUGCAGCACGCUAAAGCAGCCCUCGGUGACAGACCAGCGGCACCGGAGCGAGUCUGGGCCUGCUGGUCUGGCUUUUGGCACUAA